AUGGAGAAAUUCCCUGACCUCGACGUCCACAUCACCAAUCACAAUGGCAACCAGUUGAAUAGUCAUGCCAAUGGCAGUGCCAAUGGUGGUUCUUAUCCCCAGACUGUUGGGAUGAGAUGGACUCCGGCAUCCUCGACAUAUAGUGGCUCAGGCCGCAGUGGGGGGCAUAGCAGGCAAAAGAGCAUCGGCGAGGCGAUCCGCACGAUAAGAUCGAGGCAUGGUAGCGUCAGCCAGAAUGCGCACGAGAUUGCCCAUGCCCUCAAGGCCCCCUUAUCGCCCAGACUCAUUCCAGUCUCGGACAAAAUCCAGCUCACUCGUUCGACCCAAGUGGAGGAAGACUUUGGUACUGACUUAGCGCGGCAGGUCCUUUGCAUAAUAUGGUACGGGUCUUCUGCCCUGACCAACACCUCUUCCAAGUCGAUAUUGAAUGCUUUCGCCAUGCCCGCCACCCUGACCUUGGUUCAGUUCGCUUUUGUCUGUGGCUACUGCCUCUUGCUGUCAUGGCUGGCUUCCAUCUUCCCCGGUCUGCGCACAGCAGUGCCGGCUCUUAAGCACGGCAUCCGGUACCCUUCGCGCGACGUCAUACAAACCACCAUGCCGCUGGCAGCCUUCCAGAUCUUUGGUCAUUUGCUCAGCUCAACCGCCACGUCCAAGAUCCCCGUGUCACUAGUGCACACCAUCAAGGGCCUUUCCCCGCUCUUUACGGUACUCGCAUAUCGCAUAUUCUUCAACAUCCGCUACCCUGCCGCAACAUAUCUGUCGCUGGUGCCGCUGACACUUGGUGUAAUGCUUGCCUGCUCGGGCAAGCACAAAUUUGGUGGCGAGAUUUUGGGCAUUGUCUACGCCUUCAUUGCCACGCUUAUUUUUGUGACGCAAAACAUCUUCUCGAAGCGCCUAUUCAACGAAGCAGCACGCGCCGAAGCAGAAGGCAUGGGGCACAAAUCCAGCAAACUCGACAAGCUAAACUUGCUCUGCUAUUCUUCCGGCAUGGCGUUCAUCCUGACGGUACCCAUCUGGUUCUGGUCCGAGGGGAUUGGCAUUAUCGGGGAUUUCUUACGCGAUGGCUCGGUUAACUUGACUACCGCCCCGGGCACCUUUGACCACGGCAGGCUUUUCAUAGAGUUUGUCUUCAAUGGCACGUUCCAUUUUGGGCAAAACAUCAUGGCUUUUGUUCUCUUGUCCAUGGUGUCCCCUGUGACGUACUCGGUUGCCAGUCUGAUCAAAAGGGUUUUUGUCAUCGUCAUUGCCCUCGUGUGGUUCCGCAGCCCGACAACCAAGAUCCAGGCUGUCGGAAUUGCCCUUACCUUCGUUGGCCUGUAUCUCUACGACAGGACAAAGGAAGGUAACCGGGCUGACAAGAGGGCAACGUACCUGGGUGACAAGGGCGCCAAGGAUUCCCUCCUCCCGCUUUCGACUAAACCCAAUGGCGUCAACGGCGGGCUGGUGUUCGAAAGCCCUGCCUCUGCCGGACCCAAUGGGUUCAACGGCGGCACAAACGCGCCGCGGCCAUAUGUCAACAGCUACGCGCUGCCCGCCAGAACGGACGGCGAUAACAAAAAAUCGGAUGAUCAAACGGCCGGUAGGGGUGGUAGGCAGAGGGGGACCAGCACCACCUCUUGGAUGCCGCCGGGGACUCGGCAAGAAGACACCUGGCGUGUAGGGGAUAGAAGUAGCGGGGGUCCUGUUCGAUAA